ACCUGCUCGUCUACCGUUUCUCUCCUCUACCAAUCAACCAUCCUACCAACCCCCGCUGCUGCUCUUGCCAUCAUCACAGCUACCAACUACCGCUUGUUUAUCUUUCUUCUUCUUCUUCUUCAUCUUCUUUUUCUUCUUCUUUGUCGUCGUUGCGUUGUAUUCGAGAGGACAAAAACUUCCAGCAAAUGUCAUCGCCUUCCGGAAAGCAACCCCAAGUCAUAAUCUGCAAAGCCGCGGUGGCAUGGGGAGCUUCUGAGCCUCUGGUGAUCGAAGAAGUGGAGGUGGGUCCCCCUCAACCCAUGGAGAUCAGGGUCAAAGUCGUCUCAACCUCCCUUUGCCGCAGUGACCUCACCGCCUGGGAAUCUCAGACAAUAUUUCCUCGGAUAUUUGGCCAUGAAGCAUCUGGGAUUGUUGAGAGUGUGGGGGACGAGGUAACUGAAUUCAGUGAGGGAGAUCAUGUGCUUACAGUAUUCACGGGAGAAUGUAGUGCAUGCAAGCAGUGUAAAUCAGGUAAAAGCAAUAUAUGCCAAGCAUUGGGAUUGGAAAGGAGAGGGUUAAUGCAUAGUGAUCAGAAGACACGCUUCUUUAUAAAAGGGAGGCCAGUUUAUCAUUAUUAUGUUGUUUCAAGCUUCAGUGAAUAUAUCGUGGUGCACUCUGGAUGUGCUGUCAAAGUGAACUCAGAUGUGCCUCUGGAGAAAAUAUGCCUGCUGAGCUGUGGAGUAGCUACAGGUCUGGGUGCGGCUUGGAAUGUUGCUGAUGUAUCAAAAGGGUCGACUGUGGUGAUAUUCGGUCUUGGGACUGUAGGCCUUUCUGUAGCACAAGGUGCUGAGUUCAGGGGAGCAUCCAGAAUAAUUGGUGUAGACACCAAUCCUGCAAAAGGUGAAAAAGCAAAAGCUUUUGGAAUUACAGAUUUUAUCAAUCCAAAUGAAUGUAAUGAAUGUAUUCAGCAGGUUGUUAAGCGUAUUACGGAUGGAGGGGCAGACUACUCCUUUGAGUGCAUUGGUGAUACUGGAAUGAUAACAACUGCAUUGGAGUCAUGUUGCGAUGGAUGGGGUUUGACUGUUACACUUGGUGUACCAAAAGUAAAUCCAGUAGUAACUGCACACUACGGAUUACUGCUAACUGGAAGAACACUAAAAGGAUCUUUAUUUGGAGGAUAGAGACCUAAAUCUGACCUCCCUUCAUUAGUCGACAUGUACAUGAAAAAGCAAAUCCACAUUGACGACUACAUUACACAUAACCUGCCACUCGAAGAUAUCAAUGAAGCUUUCAAUCUCAUGAGUGAGGGGAAAUGUUUGCGUUGUGUUAUUCACAUGCCCAUGCAACUUCCUCUUGCUUCAACAACUUGAUGAAGAGCAGCUGGCCACAAAUGGGAAUCAUUCAUCCUUCUUAUGAUGGAUUUUUAGUAGCAAGUGUACAAUCGCUUGUAUGUUCUGGACCCACUAUAGUUUUCUGUAUUGUAUAAACAUGUUUACAAACUGCUCAGAAUUAAUUGUCCCAGGUUUUAGAUGGUUUUGACUAAUUGAAGGGAGUGAGGUCUUAAAAUUGCUUUCCUGUCAAGUGUGUGUGUGGGUACCUGGUAUGUGUUUUUUCUCCAAUUAAUGAACUUUAUCCAUCAAAUGAUAAACC